AUGCUUGACAAAAAAUCUGCCAAACAGUUGUCAACAAUUCCUUUGUCAAACAAUACUGUUGCGCGACGAAUAGCAGAUUUAGCUACAAAUGUAGAAAAAACACUUGUCUCUAUUAUUAAAUACAGAAAAUUUACUCUACAAAUGGACGAAUCAACUGAUGUGGCAGGUCUAGCUAAAUUGUUGGUGUUUGUUCGUUACGAAAAUAUGCAUUCUUUUGAAGAGGACCUUUUAUUUUGUCGACCACUUUUAUCAAAUACGACUGGGGUCCAAAUUUUCGGAUUAUUGGAUGGUUUUUUCACCGAAAAUAAGAUUCCAUGGACCAAUUGCAUUGAUGUGUGUACUGAUGGUGCGAAGGCCAUGGUGGGAGCAACAGCUGGAGCGGUUGCUAAAAUAAAGAAAAAAUCUAAAGAAAUUCGCAGUAGUCAUUGCAUACUGCACAGACAUGCUCUGGCAAUGAAAACCAUGCCUUUUUCUUUGAAAAACGUUAUGAAUGAUGCUAUAAAAAUAAUCAACUUUAUCAAGUCACGGCCUCUGAAAUCCAGACUUUUUAAAAUUUUGUGUGAUGACAUGGGAAGUCUUCAUAGUACAUUACUUUUCCAUACAGAUGUCAGGUGGCUGUCACGCGGCGGCUCUUACGCGGUUAAUGGAAUUACGAACUGA